UUGAAAUAGAUAUAUAAACUAAGGGUAUGUAAAUAAAUUUUGGUUAAAUUCUCAAGGAAAAAUAAAAAAGAGUGUGGGGCCCAUGCCACACCUUUCUUCAACCUGGGUCCGCCCCUGUCUAUGCUAUAAGGUUAAAUAAACUAUACUUAGUUAGAGUUAUGAGGUGGCGUUUUGUGGAUAUGAUUUCAAAGUUUGAAAAAUAAAAAAGAAAUAUUAAAAUUUUCAAAAUAAAAUGGGUUAUUUUGGUUAUUUCCUUAUUGAUGACUAUUUUGUGACAAAAACUUAAAAACGACUAUUUGAAAGAGUUGUCCUACAAAUUAAGAAAAUUUAAAUAAUAAGUAAAUAUAUAAUAUAAAAAAUGGAAAACUAUAUGAAACAUCUAUAUGAAAAAUGUAUAGUUUUUUGGUUUUUUCUAAAGAAAUUACUAUUCACACAAAGAUACAAUUUAGAAUUUCGUUGUUGUUCAGAAUACAACGUCCAAAUGAAUAACUAUAUAGUUAACAUUUAAAAAUCAAAAUAGUCCCGCGCGUAGCGCGGAUUAACUCCUAGUUCAAAAAUAUACAUAGUUCAGUUAUUUGAAUUUUUGGAUACCCAUUUGAACUCAGCUGGUUCUAAUAGUAUUCAUAAUCUGAAAUACCAACUUACUAAAUUAUACAAAUUCGGUUUUGGGUUUAAAUUAUUAAGUUAUAUACAGUAUUGCAUAGAGGAAGGGGACUGUUUUGCAAUUUUAUAGUUGCGAAUGGGUGAUUUGAUAAAUAAUAGUAGUAUUUAACUUUUCCCAAAUAACGAUCGGGUGGUUAAGUAUUUAAAACCCUUUAAUUGUUUAAAUACACCACCCCUCGCUUCGCCGUCUCUUGACCCCUUCCCUAAACCUCCGACUGUACUAGAAUCUAUCAAUCCUCGUCGCCGGUAAGUUCUUCACUCAUCAUUCCGUUGAUGAAACUCCAAACGGAACUAGAAUUAAUCGUAUUUCUCCCUCGAUUUCAGAUAACUGACAAUCUAAAGAGCGAUGGUACUCGAUCACGAAGACUUAGACUUGAUGAACGAUGACAACUUCGUCGACAAGAAGAAGCUUUCAGCUCCUAUCAAGUCUACAGCAGAUAAGUUUCAACUCGUCCCUGAGUUUCUCAAGGUGAGAGGACUUGUGAAGCAACACCUUGAUUCAUUCAAUUACUUCAUCAAUGUCGGGAUCAAGAAGAUUGUUCGUGCGAAUUCUCGUAUUACGUCCACUCUCGACCCUUCCAUUUACCUAUGGUUUAAGGAUGUCUAUGUUGGUGAACCCUCUAUUUUAAAUGUUGGUACGGCGGAAGUAAUCAAUCCACACAUGUGCCGACUAGCUGACAUGACGUAUGCUGCUCCGAUAUAUGUCAACAUAGAAUAUGUUCAUGGAAUUCAUGGAAAGACGACGAUAAGUGCAAAGGAUAAGGUUGUUAUCGGAAGGAUGCCUAUUAUGUUGAGGAGUUGCCGCUGUGUAUUACACGGAAAAGAUGAAGAGGAACUUGCAAGAUUGGGUGAGUGCCCACUUGAUCCUGGAGGAUAUUUUGUCAUCAAAGGAACCGAGAAGGUGUUGUUGAUACAAGAACAACUUUCUAAGAAUAGGAUUAUUAUUGAUUCUGAUAAAAAAGGGAACAUAAAUGCAUCUGUCACAAGCAGCAGUGAAACAACGAAAAGCAAAACAGUUAUUCAGAUGGAGAAGGAGAAGAUAUAUUUGUAUCUACAUCAAUUUGUAAAAAAGAUUCCAAUAAUAAUCGUCCUAAAAGCUAUGGGAAUGGAGAGCGACCAAGAGAUCGUACAGAUGGUUGGAAGGGAUCCCCGUUUUAGUGCAUCACUUCUACCUUCUAUGGAGGAGUGUAUUAGUGAAGGUGUGAAUACACGACAACAAGCACUGGACUAUCUUGAAGCAAAGGUGAAGAGAUCAUCGUAUGGACCACCUGAAAAGGAUGGCCGAGCUCUAUACAUUCUGAGAGAAUUAUUCCUUGCACAUGUACCUGUGCGUGAUGACAAUUAUCGCCAAAAAUGUUUCUAUGUUGGGGUGAUGUUGAGAAGAAUGAUUGAAGCAAUGUUGAACAAAGAUUCCAUGGAUGACAAGGACUAUGUUGGUAACAAGCGGUUGGAGUUGUCUGGACAACUAAUAUCUCUUCUCUUUGAGGAUUUGUUCAAAACGAUGACCACCGAGGCCAUUAAAAAAGUAGAUGCUAUCCUUCAAAAACCUAACCGGGCAAGCCGAUUCGAUUUUUCUCAAUGUCUCACUGGAGAAAAGAAUCAUAAUAUUUCUUUUGGAUUAGAAAGAACUCUUUCCACGGGAAACUUUGAUAUUAAAAGGUUCAGAAUGCAUAGGAAAGGCAUGACACAGGUCUUGACAAGGUUAUCUUUCAUUGGGAGCUUGGGGUCUAUUACGAAAAUUUCGCCACAGUUUGAAAAGUCCAGAAAAGUUAGUGGGCCUAGAUCCUUGCAACCCAGCCAGUGGGGCAUGCUCUGCCCAUGUGAUACCCCUGAAGGAGAAUCUUGUGGGCUUGUCAAGAAUUUGGCUUUAAUGACUCAUGUCACAACGGAUCAAGAGGAAGGCCCAUUGGUUGCUAUGUGCUUCAAAUUGGGUGUUACAGAUCUGGAAGUAUUGUCAGCAGAGGAGCUGCAUACUCCAGACUCGUUUUUGGUCAUAUUUAAUGGGCUAAUACUUGGCAAACAUAGAAGGCCACAGUACUUCGCCAAUUCACUUAGAAGGCUGCGUAGAGCUGGGAAAAUUGGCGAAUUCGUCAGUGUAUUCAUAAACGAAAAGCAGCAUUGUGUUUACGUUGCUUCUGAUGGUGGGCGGGUGUGUCGUCCACUUGUUAUAGCAGAGAAUGGAGAAUCAAGAGUUAAACAACACCACAUGAAAGAACUAAAGGAUGGUGUUCGCACUUUUGAUGACUUCAUUCGUGAAGGUUUGAUCGAGUAUCUUGAUGUUAAUGAGGAAAAUAAUGCGCUGAUUGCUUUAUACGAAAGUGAAGCCAUGAAAGACGUAACCCACAUUGAGAUUGAGCCUUUCACCAUCUUAGGGGUUGUUGCUGGUCUUAUCCCCUACCCUCACCAUAAUCAGUCGCCUAGAAAUACUUACCAGUGCGCUAUGGGAAAACAAGCGAUGGGAAAUAUUGCUUACAACCAGUUAAACCGGAUGGACUCUUUGCUUUACCUAUUGGUGUAUCCUCAACGACCCCUGUUGACAACGAGAACAAUUGAAUUGGUUGGAUACGAUAAACUUGGAGCAGGUCAAAAUGCAACAGUUGCUGUGAUGAGUAAUACUGGGUACGAUAUUGAGGAUGCAAUUGUGAUGAACAAAGCUUCCUUAGAUCGUGGUUUUGAACGCUGCAUUGUUAAGAAAACAGUUGUUGCUACUUGCCAGAAGUAUGGUAACGAUACAGUGGACAGAAUACUAAGGCCAGAAAGAACAGGUCCAGAUGCUGAAAAGAUGCAGAUACUGGAUGAUGAUGGAAUCGCUGCUCCAGGGGAAAUUAUUAGACCGAAUGAUGUGUAUAUAAAUAAACAAAUCCCUGUUGACACCAGAGAUAACAUUACAUCUCCGCCAUCAGACACUCAAUAUCGUCCGGCCAGAGAGUAUUUUAAAGGUCCUGAAGGGGAGACACAAGUGGUCGAAAGAGUUGCUCUCUGUUCUCACAAGAACGGUAAUUUAUGCAUAAAGUAUAACAUCCGACAUACUCGUCGACCAGAGCUUGGAGACAAGUUCAGCAGUAGGCAUGGGCAGAAAGGUGUUUGUGGUACAAUCGUUCAGCAAGAAGAUUUUCCAUUUUCUGAACGUGGAAUUUGCCCUGAUUUGAUCAUGAAUCCUCAUGGGUUUCCAAGUCGUAUGACAGUAGGUAAGAUGAUGGAACUUCUUGGAAGUAAAGCUGGGGUGUCUUCUGGUAGAUUUCAUUAUGGUAGUGCUUUUGGAGAAGAAAGUGGUCAUGCUGACACGGUUGAAAAUAUAAGUAAGACCCUUGUGAAGCAUCGCUAUUCCUACUGUGGGAAGGAGUUGUUAUACUCAGGUCUCAGUGGCGAGCCAUUGCAAACAUACGUCUUUAUGGGGCCAAUAUAUUACCAGAAACUGAAACACAUGGUCAUGGACAAAAUGCAUGCGCGAGGGAGUGGACAGCGUGUGAUGAUGACAAGACAGCCAACUGAAGGGAAAUCUAAAAAUGGAGGUUUACGAGUGGGAGAAAUGGAACGAGAUUGUCUUAUUGCUUAUGGAGCCAGCAUGUUGAUCUAUGAGCGUCUCAUGCUCUCUAGUGAUCCUUUUGAAGUUCAGGUUUGCAGAGCUUGCGGUUUAUUGGGAUAUUACGAUUACAAGCUGAAGAAGGCAGUUUGUUCAACUUGUAAAAAUGGUGAUAGCAUUGCUACUUUGAAACUCCCUUACGCAUGCAAGCUCCUUUUCCAGGAACUGCAGUCGAUGAAUGUUGUUCCGCGUCUUGUUCUAAGGGAAAUGUAGAUAAGCUCUGAAGACUGUUUUAACCUUUACGACAGUCUCGAUGGCUUUUUUAAUAUCCUUCUCUGGUCCUCCGAGUCCUUGAGAUUGGACCAUAUUAGUGUAGAUGACUAAGAUGUUAAGAAUCGUAUGUUUUGUUCUCACUGUUCUGAAACUAACAAAUAAUGGGAGAAUCUCCAUUCUUACUCCUA